AUGUUGCACUCCUUCAUACUCCUCCUUAAUUACAUUGCUUUGAUUGCUGUAGUUUCUCACGCAAAAAACACGCUAUUAUCCGAUGAGGUCCUUAGCAGCGACGGGCGAAAUGGGACCCUCACAUUCUUGGAAUCCCAGAAUAAGCUCUUCCGUUUACAGUUCCUCAGACGACAGGGAACCCAAAAUGACCUGUAUUUGGGCAUUCAGUACAUGUAUGGUGCCAACGCUAAAACCACCAUUUGGGUCUCUAAUGCCAAUGAGAUAUUUUCCGGCAGCCUUUUCUUGAAAAUGGAAGGGAAUGGGCGGCUGAUAGUCGGCGACGGAUCGAGCGACAAGUUCUUUGUGGUGAACGAUAGGCAGAGUUCGGUGUUUAACAGCGCGAGUGCAACUCUGCGUGACGAUGGGAAUUUAGUUCUGACAUCGCCAAACAGAAGCCAUUUUUGUUGGCAGAGUUUUGAACAUCCUAGCAACGUUUUCUUCCCCGGGAUGAAGCUUGGGCUGUCAGGCAUUGAUACACAAACGCCGUCUAAUCGCGUCCUCACGUCGUGGAUAAGCGAUGGAAAUCCUUCUCCGGGGGAGUUUGAGUUGGGGGUGAAUCCAAACCAGCCAAACGAGUUGAUUAUCAAGCGAAGAGGGGUUGUUUAUUGGGGAAGUGGGGAGUGGAAGCGCCAAAAUUUCACGUUUCUUGAUUUUCCGGCGGGUUCCGGUGCCAACAUGACCAAUUACUCCAAUGCCAAAAAGGCCUAUUUUAGCCUUUCCGGUGGCUCUCAGUUGGGAAAUGGAUACAGUUUCAUUCGACUAAACUCCCGCGGAGGAAUCGACGCGUUCAUCUGGAACGCGACGACUAAAACUGUUGAGCCACUGGCGGUGGUCGUGUGUGACCCUGAUGAAGCGCUCCGCCGUGGAGUUGCCCUGUCCGGCGGCUGCUCUGCUACUAGUAAGAAGGCGCCCCCUCCUGCUUCUUCCCUUGCUCCGGCUAUAGCUCCGGCAACCCUUGCCGGCCGGACUUGGAAUUGGAGGAAGCACUUGGCGAGGUGGAAGCUUGCAGCAAUAGUGAGCUUGGUGGUUGCAAUUGUGAUUGCCCUCUCAGCCGUCUCCCUAUUCAACCGUUUCAAAAGGAGAAGGGGCUAUCGUAGAGGUACCUAA